AUUGCCAAGAUUUAUUUAUUUUUUUUAUUUCUUAAAAUUAACAUUUUUCUGCAUCGAUGACGGAAAUUUUCUCUUUGUUUGGACAAAGCGACUCUCAAGGUCCCCCCGGCUCCUCGGCGCUGGGCUACGGGCCGGGUAAACAGCCGGGGCCGCCACCCCAGAAUCAGGUGUCCAUGGCGGUACAGAUGCCACCACAGCUCGGGGAUGAGGGGCCUCCUCUUCGGAAGCCCGCAGCGAUGAAUGAGCCUUUUUAUUUACUUCGGGAACUUCCAGUGGGGAAUGAACUGACUGGGAACACUAACCUGAUCACCCAUUAUAACCUGGAGCACGCCUACAACAAGUUCUGUGGGAAGAAGUUGAAGGAGAAGCUCAGCAAUUUCCUGCCUGAGUUGCCUGGUAAGACGUGGCUGGGGUUACAUCACUCUUGCUGUCUUGCCUGUCCUUUCCUCUGUCUCUCUGCUCUCGGUUCAGGCCGAGAGACUCUCCGGACGUCACCAUGUGCACAGCAUCCUCCCUCAGUCAUGGCAGAAAACUGGAGUAUUUCAGUACAUGUAGGCGAAGAGAGGCGUAUUACAGAUGAGAGCAAUCUGUCCAUCCCCCAUCUCUUUCCAGAGACGCCCUCCGACUCUGACCACAAGAAGAAGAAGAAGAAGAGGGAUGACGAUCCUGACCGCAAGAAGAAGAAGAAAGAUAAGAAAAAGAAGAAGAAUCGGCACAGCCCUGAUCACCCUGGACUGGCUGGAUCUCAGCCCAACAGCAGCAACAGCCUGAGAUAGUGAGCGAGACUGCCAGUCACCACUGACCUGGCUCUGACCUAAGCUGGCUUAGGAUCGACUGCUAACAAUGACCCCUGAACUCUGACCUCUGACCUCUGACCACGUCCAUGCCAGGGUGCAUGUGCGCACCCCCGGGUUUCAGGGUUUGUGCAUUUUCUGUGGGCCCCCGCUGAAGACGGCUUCCUCGGAGCGCGGGUGGCUGUGCCAUCGGGCUGGGACCCCCGAGCCGACUCACCCGGGGCCGCCCGGCGGGGGGGCCGGCCCGAGUCCGUCGGGACAUCCUUGGUGUAAUGGGGGCUGUGAGCAGGUCGCAGGAGUGACGUCGCCCGUGUUAAACC